CUUGACGGCGAGCAAACGGGGCAGCGGCAGGUAGACAGCACCUGCCUGCGCACCCCGGCCGAAGCUGCCCCGGCACCCCCGGCACCCCCGGGACCCCCGGGCUGGGCGGCCGCAGCGGAGGCGUGGGAGGUGCAGGGGCCGGCGGCAAUGGCCGACAGCCACGGCUGGUGGAAGCUGACCUUCCUGCGGAAGCGUCGGUCGGCACCCACGGUGCUGUACGAGAGCCCCGACAGCCACGCUGCCGCCGGCGGCGAGAGCCAGGAGGGGUCGGGCGAGGAGGGGCCGCCCGGCUUCACCACCCGCCUGGAGAAGAUCGUGGACAAGAACAGCAAGGGCAAACACGUCAAGGUCUCCAACUCGGGACGCUUCAAGGAGAAGAAGAAAGUGCGGGCGACCCUGGCCGACAACCCCAACCUCUGCGCCGCCGGCGAGCGGGAGGAGAAAUGACCCAGCCGGUUGUCACCCUCCGACCGGCACCACCGGCUCAGCUCCAUCCCUGCCCGGGGACGCCGGACCGCGGGGCUUCAGGAGGAGGAAGGACUCGGAUUGGAGUUUGUUUAUUUAAGGGAGAAGGACGGACGGACCCUGUUUAAUCGCAGCCCCCCACCCUACCCUGGGCUCCUGGCACCCCUGGGGCAGAGGGAGAACCGGGGAGCGGAGCCAGGCGCAGCCCGUCCCUCCCAGCCCCCCGCGGGCACGGGGAGCCCCCCGAGGCUGACUGGUUCAUACUGGGAUGAGGACGUUUGUCCCAGCUCGGUCGCUUGCUGCGGACCACCGGAGCCCAUCGUUCACCCAGCUCUGCCCCGAUCCCCUCCCGCCCAUCACUCCCGCGGGGGCGAGACCGGGGGACUCCCCGCUCGUGUCCCAAGCCCGGGGGGCUGCGUGGCCGUGGGCAGAGCCACCGACGCCGCAUCCCUGCCAGCGGUCACCCCCAAACCAGGGGGCACGACGCUUCCCUGCCCUGAGGGAACAACCCCGUGGGCAAAGUCCCCCCCUGCCCUGAGCUGCCUCCGUGGGGACCGUGGCAGGCUCCGGGCUUCCCAGGAGGAGCCGCAUUCCCAUCCACAUCCCGGAAUCGCUCCCUGCUCCCGGAAGCGGAGAGCUGAGCGCGGAGCGCGGUGCCGGAGCCGACCCCGGGGCAGCUGCCACGGCCGAUCUCGCAGCCCCGGUGUUUGUUUGGGUUGUUGGAAGCCGAGCCUUUAGCCAGCUCUCACGACUGCUGAUAAUUAACUCUUGUUAAUAAAGCAGGUCUG